GUGUGAAUCAGCCUGGGCCACCGGCUGCUGUGGGGUGUGUGUUUUGCCCUCAUUCUGAUUUUAGGUUUUGUAACGGAGUACGGGGCUUGUAUUGCGAGACAAUGAAACAAAACUCCAAUGUGCCGGCAUUUCUCAGCAAGCUGUGGACGUUGGUGGAGGACGCGGACACCAACGAGUUUAUAACUUGGAGCCAGAAUGGACAGAGUUUCUUGGUUCUAGAUGAGCAAAGGUUUGCCAAAGAAAUCCUCCCAAAGUACUUCAAGCACAACAACAUGGCUAGUUUCGUAAGACAACUGAAUAUGUAUGGCUUCCGGAAAGUGGUCCAUGUUGACUCUGGUAUUGUGAAGCAGGAGCGCGAUGGACCAGUUGAAUUUCAACAUCCAUACUUUGUCCAAGGGCAGGAUGAACUAUUGGAAAAUAUUAAGAGAAAGGUGUCCUCAACAAGACCUGAAGAAACCAAAGUGCGACAGGAAGACGUAGAUAAAAUCUUAAACAAUGCUGCCAAAGUGCAAAUCAAGCAGGAUGCUCUUGAUUCCAGGCUGUUUACAUUAAAAAGGGAAAAUGAAGCAUUGUGGAGGGAAAUAUCAGAUCUUCGUGCCAAACAUUCCCAACAGCAACAAGUCAUUCGUAAGAUUGUUCAAUUUAUUGUGACCUUGGUACAGAAUAACAGAUUAGUCAGCCUAAAGCGGAAACAGCCACUGCUUCUCAACACAAACAGUUCUUCAAAGUCCUCCCUUUUGCAGCCAAUUGUAAAGGAAGCAGAUAAAGACAACCAUCACGUUCCCAUUAUGGCAGAAGGAUUAAAAAAGAGGGGAGACAUUUCUGAAGACAUUAUAAUAUAUGACAUCACAGACAAUAUGGAGGAUGAUGACCAACAGGAAACAAGCAGUCAACCCACUCCUGAAAUUUCUGAUGAAAGUACCUCUGAUACUUUAACGGACAGGCUUUCACCUGAAAUUGUAAUUGUAGAAGAUGACAGUGAGGAAGAUGAUAUCCCAGUUGUACAAGAAAAAAAAAAGACAGAUGAAAUUGGUCCAUUGAGCCCACUUGAUGAGGGGUUUUCAAAUCCUCUCAUGUCCAGUGCUUUGCAGUUAAAUAGCCAAUCUUUUUUAAACUCAGAAGACCCUGUUGCUAUGAUGGAUUCUAUUCUCAAAGAAAGUGGCGUCAUUUCCCAGAACAUAAACCUACUUGGCAAAGUGGAAUUGUUGGAUUAUUUGGACAGUAUUGACUGCACCCUAGACGAUUUCAGAGCUCUACUUUCUGGGAGACAGUUUGGCCUAGAGCGAGAUUUGCUGUUAGAUCUGGAAUCAAAAGGUUUGGAGUCUCUGAAAAGCACUGGCUUUAAAGAAUCUGAAGGUUGCAAAGGGGAUAACUACAAAUCUGACCAUCAACUUGUGCAAUAUUCCACAUUUCCUCUUCUGGCUCUUCUUGACGGAGAUUCUGGAGAAUUAACAGCAGAAGCACAAACAGACCAGCCUCUUGAAGUAGACACAUUUCUAGACUCUAGCUUGGACUCAGAACCUACACAAAGCAAAUUAGUGCGAUUGGAGCCAUUGACUGAAGCAGAGGCCAGCGAAGCCACACUGUUCUAUUUAUGUGAACUGGCCCCAACUCCUCUGGACAGUGAUAUGCCACUUCUGGACUAAGCAAUGGGACAAUGUGUAAUUGUAUAUAUUCAUCAAAAUGAUGAACUAUUUAUUUAAAGUAUCAUUUUGGUACUCUGUGUUAGUAUAUGCUUUAUUUUGUUUCUUGCAAUUUUAAAAGACUAGCUAUUCAAAAUGUUUUUCCUUAUGCAACAAAAAUGUGGGACAAAAACCCCACAAUGUUAGUAAUGAGGAAUUAGGUUUGUGUUUUAAUUGUUUAAUACUGCAAGUUCAUUUUGAUUUUGCAAAAUUUUUAGUAAUAGACCAUCUGAGCCACAUUAAAGUUUUGCUUUUUAUAUGUAA